UAGGAUUCAAGUGUAACUAGCUAGCACAUAUUUUUUUCAAUCUUCACCUGGUCAGUGAGGGUGUUCAGCAUGUUGUGUGUUCUGAGAUGCUUUUCUGCUCACCACGUUUGUACAGAGUGGUUAUCUACAUGCUGUUCCCGUCCACAGAACUGCGGCUCACUGGAUGUUUAUCUUGUUGGCUUUUCGCACUGUUCUGUGCUCCAUGAUCAUAUACUGCCACAGAUGAUGAUUUUCUGAUUGGAUAACUGUACUUAUUAAAGUGGCCGUGUUUCAGGGUGGAGCGUAAACAUCCGCACGCUGGGGGAAAUGGACAGGAGGACAGAGAGGACAGAGAGGAUGGGGGGACAGAGAGGACAGGAGGACAGAGAGGUCAGGAGGACAGAGAGGACAGGAGGACAGAGAGGACAAGAGCAUGGGGACAAUGAUGACAGAGAGGUCAAGAGGACAGGGGGACAGAGAGGACGGGAGGACAGAGAGAACAGGAGGACAGAGAAGACAGGAGGGCAGAGAGGACAGGGGGACAGAGAAGACAGGAGGGCAGAGAGGACAGGGGGACAGAGAGGACAGAGAAGACAGGAGGGCAGAGAGGAUAGGGGGACAGAGAGGACAGAGAGGACAGAGAGAGCAGGCGGACAGAGAAGACAGGAGGACGUAGAGGACAGAGAGAACAGAGGGACAGAGAGGACAAGAGAACAGGGAGGACAGAGAGAGCAGGAGGACAGAGAGGACAGGGGGACAGAGAGGACAAGAAAACAGAGAGAACAAGAGGACAGAGAGGACAAGAAAACAGAGAGAACAAGAGGACAGGGAGGACAGAGAGGACAAGAGAACAGAGAGAACAAGAGGACAGGGAGGACAGAGAGGACAAGAGAACAGAGAGAACAAGAGGACAGGGAGGACAGAGAGGACAAGAAAACAGAGAGAACAAGAGGACAGGGAGGACAGAGAGGACAAGAGAACAGAGAGAACAAGAGGACAGGGGGACGGAGAGGAAAGAGAGGUCAAGUGAACACAACUCUGUAUUUCAACCCAACAGGGACAGAGACACACAACACUGUUAUCAAAGUGUGUGUGACCUCGAUACACUCUAGCUACAAGCAAUCUGUCACUGCAAAUGAGACAGAGCUAAACACACACACACACACACACACACACACACACACACACACACACGAGGGAAUCGACAACAGGGGAGAAAAAUGCAGCAACGACAGAAUCAUGGCUGAAAGAGAAAACAGUCAAUUUGAGGACUCAGCAGAAUUGACAAGGCCAUCAGCUGUGUGUGUGUGUGUGUGUGUGUGUGUGUGUGUGUGUGUGUGUGUGUGUGUGUGUGUGUGUGUGUGUGCUGACUGAUAGCUCUGACAGAUUGUUGUUUAGGCCCUGAGGAGGUUGUUUCACUAAUGUCAUCUUGAUGUCAAAAAAUAAAGAACAUAAAGAGAUGGAGAGAAAAAUGAAAGAAAGAAAGAAAAAUGAAAAAAGAAGAUGUGGGAAGAAAGAAAGAAGCAAACAAAAAAGUGUGGAAAAAUGGAGAGAAAUAAAAAAUAAAAGAUGGUGAGAGUCAUAGAAAGAAAGAAAAGAUGGAGGUAAGAAAGAAAGAAAGAAAGAAAGAAAGAAAGAAAAGGAAGGACACAAACAAAGAAAAUGGAGAGGAAAAGAAAAAAUGAAAAGAUGGAGAGAUUGAAAUAAAGUAAGAAGUAAAGAAGAAAAGAAAAAAAUUGAGGUAAAAAUGGAGGGAGGAAAGAAAGAAAGAAAGAAAGAAAGAAAGAAAGAAAAGAAGAAGAUGGUGAGAAGAGAGAAAGAGAAGGAAAGAAGCAAACAAAGAAAAUGGAGGGGGAAACUGAAGAGAAAGAAAAAAUUAAAAGAUGGCAAGAUUAAAAGAAAGAAAGUAACUAAGUAAGUAAGUAAGAGAGACAGAAAGAAGAAAUGAAAGAAAAUGGAAAAGAAAGAAAAAGGAAAAAAGAAAAGAUGAUGAGAAAGAAAGAAAAAGAAAAAGAAAGAGGAAAAGAAAAUGGAAGAAAAAGAAAAUGAAGAGAAAGAAAAUGAAGAGAAAGCAAAUGUGAAAAGAUGGUGUGAUAAGAAUGAAAGAAAGAAAGAAAUGUAACUGCAAGAAGUAUUUAUGCUCCUCCUAUUGGCUAAGGACAUCCAGUAAGAAUUUACACACACAGCAGGCAGGAUCACUAUCACAGCCACACCGACAUCAUCAAUCCAUCUCGGAGCUCCACCACGUUCAGUCGAGCGUGAUGGAAUCUCCUCUCUCUCUACUCACCCCCCCCCCCCCACCCUCUCUCUACCCUCCUCCCUCUCUCUCUCUCUCCACCCCCCUCUCUCUCGCUCUGUCAGCAGCUUGCUCCUCGUGUGAUUAAUCCACCCGAGAGUUUCCUCAGCUCGCUGCAGUCACGCCCGAUCCGUCUCAGAACCCGCUGUGACACUCCAUCCAGCCGUGACCGAUCUACAGCAGAACCUAUCCUAUCAGUCAGCUGGGUUCUCUGAAUGCCAGCGUCUUUCAGGGAUAAAUCACAGGAGGGCUGUCAGGCGUGAUCAAUCCAUCACUGCACCGCGUGCAUCAGCAGCCGCUCUUACGGCUUCCUAACUGAGCUCCGGCACAAGAAAGACUAAGAGCUGGGUUCAGGCUUAAAUCCUAACUGUUACAUCAUGUGGGGAACGUUCCUCCUAUUCCGAGUUGGGUUACGCAGCUGCAUGAGUGGAUUUCCUGAGCACAAAAUCUAACCCCAUCUACCGUUAUAAACACUCACCCACCCUAACCCUGUCUACCGUCAUAAACACUCACCCACCCUAACCCUGUCUAACACCAUAAACACUCACCCACCCUAACCCCGUCUAACACCAAAAACA